UUUAUGACCAGUGACGUGUGUGCUUACGUUCUUGUUUGUUCCUUAUUGAUAAUAACAAGAAGAAAAAAUUUGUGAUUAUAUGUAGAUACAUGUGUGUGUAGCUCACCAUUUUUGGAGAGUAAUAAGCUUUAAGCUGAAUCACAAGAAUGGCGGCAGAGGGGGAAAAUGUGGGAAGAAUCAAAUUGGGUUCAGAGGGACUUGAAGUAUCUGCUAAAGGACUUGGUUGUAUGGGUAUGUCCGCUUUUUAUGGGCCGCCCAAACCCGAACCCGAUAUGAUCCAACUCAUCCACCACGCCAUUAACUCCGGCGUCACAUUUCUCGAUACUUCCGAUGUUUAUGGGCCCCACACUAAUGAAAUUCUCCUUGGCAAGGCUUUGAAGGGAGGAAUGAGGGAACGAGUUGAGUUAGCAACAAAAUUUGGUAUUAGUUUUGCAGAUGGAAAAAUGCAAGUGCACGGAGAGCCAGCCUAUGUAAGGGCAGCAUGCGAGGCUAGCUUAAAGCGACUUGAUGUUGACUGCAUAGACUUGUACUACCAGCACCGGAUUGAUACACGCGUUCCCAUUGAAGUAACGGUUGGAGAACUUAAGAAGCUGGUUGAAGAAGGUAAAAUUAAAUACAUAGGUCUAUCUGAGGCCUCAGCAUCAACAAUUAGAAGAGCACAUGCAGUUCAUCCAAUAACAGCAGUACAGAUAGAAUGGUCCCUAUGGUCGAGAGAUGUAGAGGAAGAAAUAAUCCCUACUUGCAGAGAACUCGGAAUUGGGAUUGUGGCAUACAGUCCACUAGGGCGUGGCUUUUUGUCAUCCGGUCCACAGCUGCUUGAGGACUUGUCAAAUGAAGAUUUCCGAAAGCAUCUACCAAGGUUCCAGGGCGAGAAUCUUGAGCAUAACAAAAAAUUGUAUGAGCGGAUUUGUCAAAUGGCAGCUAAGAAGGGAUGCACCCCCUCUCAACUAGCCUUGGCCUGGGUACAUCACCAAGGAAACGACGUGUGUCCCAUCCCGGGCACCACUAAGAUUGAAAACUUCAACCAGAACAUUGGAGCUCUGUCCAUAAAGCUAACAUCAGCAGACAUGGAAGAGCUUGAAUCCAUUGCUUCAGCUAAUGCAGUCCAGGGUGAUAGGUACGGUUCGAGUGCAACUACUUACAAAGAUUCAGAAACUCCACCCCUUUCAGCAUGGAAGGCAGGUAAAAUAAAAUAUAUAGGUCUAUCUGAGGCUUCAGCAUCAACAAUUAGAAGAGCACAUGCAGUUCAUCCAAUAACAGCAGUUCAAUUAGAAUGGUCUCUAUGGUCGAGAGAUGUUGAGGAAGAAAUAAUCCCUACUUGCAGAGAACUUGGAAUUGGGAUCGUGGCAUACAGUCCACUAGGAAGGGACUUUUUGUCAUCAGGUCCGAAGCUGCUUGAGGAAAUGUCAAAUGAAGACUACCGAAAGAAUCUGCCAAGGUUCCAGGUCGAGAAUCUUGAGUGUAACAAAAAGUUGUAUGAGCGGAUUUGUCAAAUGGCAGCUAAGAAGGGAUGCACCCCUCAACUAGCCUUGGCCUGGGUACAUCACCAAGGAAACGACGUGUGUCCCAUCCCGGGCACCACUAAGAUUGAAAACUUCAACCAGAACAUUGGAGCUCUGUCCGGAAAGUUAACAUCAGAAGACAUGUCAGAACUUGAAUCUAUUGCCUCAGCUAAUGCAGUCCAGGGCGAUCGGUAUAUUCCUGGCUUUGAAGGGAGGGAUGAGAGAGCGAGUUGUGUUAGCAACAAAAUUUGGUAUUGUUUUAGCAUCAGAGGAAAAGAGAGCAGAGGGAAACAGAGAAGUGCACGGUGAUCCAGCCUAUGUAAGAGCAGCGUGCGAGGCUAGCUUAAAGCGACUUGAUGUUGACUGUAUAGACUUGUACUAUCAGCACAGAAUUGAUACGCGUGUGCCCAUUGAA